UUAACAAGAAAGUAGAACAUGGCCCCGUGGAGGGGCCAUUCGUUCACUUGAGCUGUUCCUCUCUCGAAAUAUAAUUUCUGUUCUUCGAUUUCUCAUAGAUUUAGUUUUAAUUGCCACUUUUUUGAUUUAACAGAAAUGGGUGAUGGGUCUGGGCUGUUGUGGAUUGGAAGGGUGCUUAUUCUUCUCCAAUUGGUUAUUGGAAUUCUCGGCUGGGGAAAGGAAGGCCACUAUGCUGUUUGCAAGAUAGCAGAGGGAUAUUUAACUGAAGAUGCUCUAGCUGCAGUCAAGGAAUUGCUUCCGGAUUCUGCUGGAGGUGACCUUGCAGCUGUUUGCCCCUGGCCUGAUGAGAUCCGAUUCCACUAUCGCUGGAGUAGUGCCUUACAUUAUAUUGAUACACCAGAUUUCAAGUGUAAUUAUCAAUAUUGUAGGGAUUGUCACGACUCUGCUGGACAUAAAGACAGAUGUGUAACCGGAGCAAUUUUCAACUACACAAACCAACUUACAUCAGCAUAUCAGAAUUCCAAUUCAGAGUUCAAGUACAAUUUAACAGAGGCGCUUAUGUUUUUAGCCCAUUUUAUUGGGGAUGUUCAUCAGCCCCUGCAUGUUGGUUUCACUGGCGAUUUGGGUGGAAAUACAAUAACAGUCCGUUGGUAUCGUAGGAAGACAAAUCUACACCACGUAUGGGAUGACAUGAUUAUUGAUUCAGCCCUGAAGACAUUCUAUGGUUCAGAUCUUGCAAACAUGAUACGAGCAAUUCAGAAUAAUAUGACAGAAGGAUGGUCCAAUCAACUGCCAUUAUGGGAAUAUUGUCAAAACAACCGCACAGUUUGUCCAGACUCGUAUGCUUCUGAAAGCAUUAGUUUGGCAUGCAAGUUUGCAUACAAGAAUGCCACACCUGGAAGCACUUUGGGAGAUGAUUACUUCCUUUCUCGGUUGCCUAUUGUGGAAAAAAGGCUUGCUCAAGGCAGCAUCCGCUUAGCUGCCACCCUCAACCGCAUUUUUGCUUCUCAAGGCAAGAUUGCUUACGCAUGAGGACAAAAGAGUUAGAAAAGCAUCUUCAAUUGAUAAAACAGAGGUGGGGCCACCAGACUAUUUCAUAUGCAGGACAGCCUUCCCUUUCACAACACCUCAUGAGCCAAGCCGAUUAAUUAUCUCUUUCUC